AUGGGCAGCGGCAGCAGCCGGAGCGGCCGGGCGCCGAGGCGGCGGCGCAGCCCCGACAGCCACAGGCCCGGGGUGGGUGGGGCGGCCGCGGAGGGCGGGGCGGCGCCGCGGGGCCCGGCGCCCGCGCCACGGGCAGCGGCGGACCAGGACCCCGGCCCGGCGGCGCCCCCCGACGGCAGAGACGAGACCCUGCGCCUGCUGGACCAGCUGCUGGCGGAGUCGGAGACCUGGGGCUCCCUAGAGCCCCCCGCUCGCGGCCCGGCCCGGCCCCGACCCGCCGCGGGCGCCGGGGGUGCGGCGCCCCCAGAACGCAGCUCUGAAGACUGUGUGGGGAGCAGCAGCAUCCCUGAAGCGCCGGGGAGCAGCCACAGGAGGCCGGAGAAGCAGGAGAAGCAGUGUGCCGUCUCCUACGACCCCUUGGAAGAGGAGCUGAUGGCCAGCAUCGAGCGGGAGUACUGCCCGGAGGGCCCCCCUGAGCAGGCCUCGGGGCAGCUGGCUGCGUAGGGGGCACCCCGCCUCCCCGCCCAGGGCCCUCGCUGGAGCUGACACUCCCCCCCCCCCCCACAACCCGUGGUCGCUUCUGGAUCUCUCAAGACCGACCUUUCCUACGCACAUUGAGACAGUGCUAACUUGCUGGCAGGGGGCAGUCCGCUGCGCAGACCAGGCCAGAAGGCAAGCUGGGGGGCGGACACACAGGUGCAUGGGCUGGGAACAGCUCCCUGCGGGCUCGUCCUGUCUCGGGGAGCCCGGCUGUGGGGUUCUCCUGCAGCCUGAAAUGCUGCCCCUUCCUGGUCACCCAUGUCUCAUGCAGGGGACAGCUCACCGGGCAUGGGUGAUGCCAGUGAACCCCUCCUGGCAGCCACCCCUAGCGCUUCUGGAAGGUUCUGUUGGGGGAGGGGCCAAGGUGUGCCUCAGUGCUCAUGUGGGUCCCAGGGGAGGCUGAGCCGCCCAGAGCCUCUCAGUUAUGUGCCAAUGACUCCCCCAGGGAUGUCGCUGGCUGAGGCUCCUGAUUGUGCAGGUCUCGGCGGGCCUGGGACUCUGCAUCCCCACCCAACCCUCAGCAAGGCUCAGCUGCCGCCCUUGGAGCCCCGGAUUCGGGGCCUGGGCUGGGGACUCCUCUCUCUGGCCUCCCCUGCUGGGAGCCCCAGGCUGGAAGCUGCAGCUGCCACUCUGUUCCUAGCUCUCGAAUCCCCUGCAGCGGGGCCCAGGCCCUCGCCCAUCUGACGGCCUGGGAUUGUACAGGGCCAGGGCCACUGCUCGUCCCCACUGCUGGGCACGGAGGAGGCUGUGUGUCCCUGACAGCUCUCCCUGCUGGGCAGCCUGACUUGGGCCCCGGGGCCUUUCCAGUCUUCUUCCCUGGGUGGAAGGAGAGCAAGUCAUUUCGUGGGUGACAAAUACGAAAGUGGACUUGCCAAGGACGUCCUGUGAGUGGGAGGCAGGGCCGGUGGCAGAGGUGGCCUGCCGGGGACAGUUGCCAUGGAGACCAGGGGGCGGCUCAUCCCAAGCAGCUGGUGAGACCGUCAGUACACGCGGGGUAGGGAGGGAAUCAGGCCAGCUGUCGCUGAAGCCAGAGCAGGUGCAGGCUUCUCCCGCGCCCUCCCAGCGGCACGGCGGCCUUCCCCAACACCCUCGGUCUCCUGGGCACGGCUGCCCGCCCACACAUCCUCGGCCAGGGGCAGGAGCACCUCAGGAGCUCCGGGCAGCCGCUCGGCCCUGUCUCCAGGCCCGCUGACGUCCCUGGCAGCCGGGCAUUGCCAUGAAAUUUUGUUACUUGACAACAGUGCCUUUGAUGGGCUGACGGCAGCUGGAGCCUGUGGCUGCGAAGUGUGAGCCUGGAGCAGCCGGCCGCCAGCUCAGCCCCAAGCGCCCCCAGACCAAAGCACCUCUGCUGGCGCACUGACGAAAACCAUUGCUUUUGUUAUGCAAAUACUUAUUAUAAAAGAGAUUAAAAUUUUAUUUCUUAUUGGA